AUGCGUGAAAUUUAUGUAGUCGAACACCCGGCUGACCUGUACGUCCUCAUGAACAGAUUCACCUAUCAACUGGACAAUGCGCAAACCAUUGCCGAGGAGCAUGGACUUGACCCAGAUGGAAAAUACCAAGGCACAACUGAGACUCAGCGAGAUCGGAUGGGAGUUUACUUCCACGAGACACCCAAUGGCAGAUAUGUCCCCCGAGCGGUACUUGUUGAUCUAGAGCCUGGUGUGAUCGAUGCCGUUCGAUCAGGACAAUACGGCAACUUCUUUCGCCCUGAUAACAUGGUUUUCGGCCAGGCAGGUGCUGGAAACAACUGGGCCAAGGGACAUUACACCGAAGGCGCUGAACUAGUUGAUCAGGUGCUCGAUGUUGUGCGCCGGGAAGCAGAGAAUACGGAUUGCAUCCAAGGCUUCCAGAUCACACAUUCUCUGGGUGGCGGCACAGGUGCCGGCAUGGGCACCCUAUUACUUGCCAAAAUCCGGGAGGAAUAUCCCGACCGCAUGAUGGCGACAUUCUCGGUCGUACCGUCGCCCAAGGUGUCAGAUACAGUUGUCGAACCCUACAACGCGACUUUAUCAAUUCACCAGCUCGUCGAAAACUGCGAUGAGACCUUCUGCUUUGACAACGAAGCGCUGCACGAUAUUUGCAGUCGGACUUUGAAACUCUCUAAUCCCUCCUAUGAUCAUCUGAACCAUCUGGUAUCAACAGUCAUGUCUGGUAUAUCGACCUCUCUACGGUUUCCUGGCCAACUCAACUCAGACCUGCGUAAGAUGGCCGUUAAUAUGGUCCCGUUCCCACGUUUGCACUUCUUCCUGGUCGGCUAUGCACCACUUACCAGCAUGACACCCGGUGCACGAGCAUUCCGAAGCCUCACGGCUCAGAGCCUCACCCAGCAGAUGUUCGACUCAAAAAAUCACAUGGCGGCUUGCGAUUUCCGCAACGGUCGCUACUUGACCUGCUCAACGAUCUUUCGUGGUCGGGUAUCAAUGAAAGAGGUUGAAGAUCAAGUUCACAAUAUGCAGAGUCGAAACUCGGACUACUUCGUAGACUGGAUUCCCAACAAUAUCCAAGCAUCGCACUGCGCGGUUGCACCAAAAGGGCAAGAUUUGUGCAGCACGUUUGUUGGAAAUUCAACGGCAAUUCAGGGCAUACUGAAGCGAGUCGGUGAGCAGUUCGCGCUCAUGUUUCGCCGUAAGGCCUUUCUACACUCGUACACCAGUGAGGGCAUGGAUGAAAUGGAGUUCACAGAAGCAGAGUCUAACAUGAAUGACCUGAUCUCCGAGUACCAGCAGUACCAGGAUGCCUCUGCCGAUGACGAUGCAGUGGAACCUGAAUGGGAAGAGGAGAUGGAUGCGGAAGAGAAGUAG